GAUAAGCAAGGUUAAUAGUUGUCACAUGUAUUGAAAUCAAAAUUGUAUUUUUUUUUGUAUUGUAUGAAAUUCGAAAAAUAAAAGAGUUUGGCGUUAUUAUAUUAGCCCAAUGUCAACAGAAACAAUAAAACCAAACGCCAUUACAUAGUGUUUACGUAAUAAUGAUUACAAGAAUCGAACGAACGGUUAUGUACAAAAUAAAGAUCGAACGCGUGACGACCCAGAUCCUUGGUUAUUGAUCAAACCAUAAUAAUGUACCUACUCUGUGCCAUAAGGUCCACGGUGGACCUACAUCGUACGUAUCAAUCUUUGUUAAUUAGAAAAUUAACUGUCAAAAUACAAGACCAUGUAACCAUGACAAUCGCAUAGCAUUCUUCAAUCAAAUACUAUGUUUUUUAUUUUUUCUCAUAAAAUGAUAACAUUGUUUCUUUCUCUUAAAAUGUUUGAAUGUUAUUGGAUUAGUGUAUAGUUUGUUAGAUUAUAUAGUUGAAGAUGGAGGAGAGUGAAUUGAGGAAACUGUUGCAAACGAAGAAUGGGUGUAGGGUGCCUAUCAUGCCGCCCAUACCGGACACCAGCGCUAUGGAGAAGCUACCCUUUGUGCCAUUGCCGCCCUAUAACCGAAUCCAGGAUAAAAAAGCGAAGUACCACAGGGUGCUCAAAGAGAAGGCAACCGAGAGGAAGGUCCAGAUAGCGCGGCCGCCGCUGGAGCGGGACGAGCGCGACAAGCUGGAGAUCUCGCAGGGUCGCCACAUCGCGGUGCUGCGCGAGUGUGCGCACAAGAUACAGCCGCCGCCCAUGCUGCUCACCUGGGAACGCAAGAUCCGCAGUCUGGUGCCGCUCAAACACAGGCAAAAUUACCCGCAUGUCAUGGAGGAACUCAUCGAAGAAAGCAAGGCUGCCUGGAACCGCGACCUUCACCACCUCGCCGUCAGGACCGUCAUCCGCGACGUGCCCGGCGUCUCCCGCAAGCGAUACCGAGAACCCUACUUCAAAUUCGAAGGAAUCACUGCCAAUUAUGAAAAAAUGCUGAAAUACAGAAAGAAACUCAAAGACGGCUCUCUACUCCUACAUCCUUUUAUAAGAUUAGUAUUAGAGUCCUCCGAGAGAACUUUCCCUUCAGCAAUAAUCGAUUUAUCUAAAUAUCGCGCGCUAGGGCCCAUGGAUUUAGAGGUAUUUGAGACGAAACUAUUAGAAACGAUAAAGAAAGCUGACUAUCUUGUGUCUAGUACGUGGUACGCUAUUCUCGUGAACUGGCUGAAAAACCCUCGUUGUCUGAAAGGCUUACGACCAAAAAAAAUUCCCGAUUUCGUGGUAUGCGCUACUAAAAUGAUAUCGAUGCAAAUACAAGAACUUAUGCGUAGAUCCAUUGAUGCUAUCAUUGAAUCACUCAAAGAUCCCGACGCUGUUCCUAUUCUUAACAUUGCCUUAGAUUUUGAUGGCGAAUUUAUUUUUGAUCCUUCGCUGGAAAAAGUUUUCGGAGUGUACCACAACAUUGCCAAUGCUAUUUCGCAUAUAUCGCAAAGACUUAUGCCAAUAGAACAAUAUCUUAGAAUACCUUAUAACUACGAUGCUUUACCCGUAAAAUACAAUGAAUGGUUGUACCAAGAUGGUCAUAAAAGGCUUCAAGACCAACUUGAUAUAGUAUUUCAACCGCUUCUAGACUACACAGCAAAAUUAAGAUGUGAAUACGAUAUGCUUUAUGGUGCCCCUGCAAAAGCUGCACUGCAACAAUUCAUAUUAGAAAACGAUGAGUUCGAAGUAGGCCGUGACAAAAUAAAAUAUUUCCAAGCUAUAGAUUCUGAAAUAACUGCAGUUUUAGAAAACGAAUAUUUUAAUUGUGCAGUUGUGUGCCAAUUACGAAUGGUUGACGGUUUGAAACGCAAAGCUUUGGAAUUCGUAAAUGAUAUAAUAGGUGGCAUAGUGAAAACUCACAUUGAAGAAAAUGAGAGUAUCUGUGCAGAAUUUGAAAUUAUAGCAGCCAAAGCAUUAAAGGAACCAGAAAAUGCUGCGGAAUUAAUAGAACAAGGAGUUUAUAUCUUACACGCAAAAACUGUCUUGGUAGAAGCGUUGAAAGAGAGGAUCAUGUCACAAAUCAACAUUAUAUCAAAUCUUUUAGAAAUGACUUCGCUAACUGAAGAACAUGUCAAGUCUAAUACACGCACAGUUAAUUGGCUUAAAGACAUAAAACCGAUAUUUGAUAGGAACGCAGCUGCUUACGAGACUUUCAAGGCCGAAAUGGAAGAAAAUCUAUUAUCUAAAAUCGCAUUUUUAAAUAGAGAAGUUAUAGAAAUGACUCCCUAUCUUGAAUUACUUGACAAUAUGGAUGACAUAGAAAAUACUUUAGAAUACCUAGAGUAUUUAAGAAAACUUGUACAGAGACUACAUGACUGUGAUAAACUUGUAGCUUGGAUUAAUAAUGAAGAAGUUACUUUUAAAUUUCCUGUUUCAUCUUACCCUGAUUUGGAAGAGUUAAAAGAAUACAUUAUACCUUUUCACAGUCUGGUUCAUUUAGUUCAUCGUUGGAAACGCAGUUAUUAUACAUGGAUGGAUGGACCAUUUGAAUAUAUGGAUCAUGAAAAAAUUGAACAAGAUCAUGAUUUUUACUAUAAAGAGUUUUUAAAGCUCGGUAAAAACUAUAAAGCUAAAAUCAAACAGCAAAUCGCAGAAGGCGUAGAGAAACGCUUUCAGGGAUUGGUAGAUGAUCUCGAUAUUAACAAUGUUCCUGCGCCGAUGAAGUUAUGUGCUCAAGCUACGACAGAAAUAAAGAGUUGGCGACCAAAUGUACAGAUGGCUCAUAUCAUGUGUAAUCCAGCAUUGGUUCAAAGACAUUGGGACGAAAUGUCCACGAUUGCUGGCUUUGAUUUAACCCCAACGGCAGGCACAACUUUAAGAAAAAUUAUAAAUUUUGAUCUAUGGGAUGAAAUCGAUCAAUACGAAAUUAUAAGUGUAGCCGCUACUAAAGAACUAGCGUUAAUAACAAAUUUGAAUAAAAUGAUAGCUGAAUGGACUGACAUAUGCUUCAAAACAAGUCCAUAUAAAGACACUGGGAUUUUCAUACUUUCUGGUCUUGAUGACAUUCAGAGCGUAUUAGACGAUCACAUAGUCAAGACGAUUGGUAUGCGAGGAUCUGCUUUCGUCAAACCCUUUGAAACUCAAGUAAGAUCGUGGUAUGAGAAGAUAAUGAGAGUUAAUGCUACUAUUGACGAAUGGGGAAAAGUACAAAGCCAGUGGUUAUACUUAUUGCCCAUAUUCUCCUCAAAGGAUAUUGUUGCUCAAAUGCCUGAAGAAGGUGUAAUGUUUGUAGAAGUAAAUAAUAUUUAUCGCCGUUACAUGGGUUCUGUAGAGAAAGAUCCUCAUGCUCUCGAAAUAGCUGGUGGAGCUGGUGUUUUAGAGUCAUUUAAAAUUGCUUCUGGUAUGUUAGAAAAGAUAAAUGAUGGUGUCAAUAACUACCUAGAAAAGAAAAGAUUAUAUUUCCCAAGAUUCUUCUUUCUCUCAAAUGAUGAAAUGCUGGAAAUAUUGUCUGAGACCAAAAAUCCUCUGAAGGUACAGCCUCACUUGAAAAAAUGUUUUGAGGGCAUUAAUAGACUUGUUUUUGACCCGGAGUUUAAUAUAUCUGCAAUGAUAUCUAUGGAAGGAGAACAAGUAGAAUUUUUGGAAAUAAUAAGUGUAGCUGCCGCCCGAGGGUCUGUUGAGAAAUGGCUUGUACAAGUAGAAGACCAAAUGUUGGCAGCUGUAAAAUCUGAAACAGAAUUGUCUUACUAUGAUUAUCCUACUCUAGGACGAGCGGAAUGGAUAUUACAAUGGGAAGGCAUGGUUGUACUAGGCGUGUCUCAAAUAUAUUGGGCUGUAGAUGUCCAUGAAGCAUUGAAUACCCACAAAUUAAGUGAACUCCAAGCAUUUCAUGUUGGUUUAACUAAACAACUUAACGAAACUGUGGCAAUUAUCCGACGAACGGAUUUAACCAAGCUAAGUAGCAUUACUGUGAAAGCUCUUAUUGUAAUAGAUGUACACGCGAAAGAUGUAAUAUUUGAACUUGUUGGGAAAAAUGUAACUGAAGUCACAGACUUUCAGUGGCUUUCACAGUUACGAUAUUAUUGGGAAGACGAAAGGGUAUAUGUUAAAAUCAUAAAUGCAGUCGUAAAUUAUGCUUAUGAAUAUUUAGGUAAUUCUGAUAGAUUAGUGAUCACACCGUUAACAGAUCGUUGCUAUCGUACGUUGAUCGGUGCCUACUAUCUUCAUUUGAAUGGCGCUCCGGAGGGUCCUGCUGGUACAGGUAAAACAGAGACAACAAAAGAUUUGGCUAAGGCUCUUGCUGUUCAGUGCGUCGUAUUUAAUUGUUCAGAUGGUCUAGAUUAUAAAGCUAUGGGAAAGUUUUUCAAAGGUUUAGCUUCCUGUGGUGCUUGGGUAUGUUUUGAUGAAUUCAAUCGAAUUGAAGUCGAAGUACUGUCUGUGAUAGCGCAGCAAAUUUUAUGUAUAGUGCAAGCGGUAAGACAACAUUUGGAGACUUUUGAUUUCGAAGGAACAAUUUUGACUUUGAAUCCGGCAUGCUACGUCUGCAUCACCAUGAAUCCUGGGUAUGCUGGGCGGUCCGAAUUACCUGAUAAUUUAAAGGUGUUAUUCCGAACUGUAGCUAUGAUGGUCCCAGACUAUGCUAUGAUUGGUGAAAUUUCCCUAUAUUCAUUUGGCUUCAUUGACGCUCGUAACUUAUCUAUUAAAAUCGUGACAACGUAUCGUCUUUGUUCAGAGCAACUGUCAUCUCAAAACCAUUAUGAUUAUGGUAUGCGAGCGGUUAAAACUGUACUCUCCGCUGCUGGUAAUUUAAAAAGAAGUUUUCCCCUUGAAAGCGAGAGUAUAUUAUUACUUCGAUCCAUUACUGAUGUCAAUCUUCCAAAGUUCUUGUCAUUUGAUGUCCCAUUAUUUGAAGGCAUUAUAUCAGACUUGUUUCCUGGCAUUUCUUUACCAAAGCCAGAUUACGUAAAUUUCUUGAAUGCUUGUGUUGAUCGUUGUGCCGUAAAUAAUUUACAACCUAUGGAAACAUUUUUGAUAAAAAUUAUACAAACGUACGAAAUGAUGAUAGUCAGGCACGGAUUUAUGUUAGUAGGUGAUCCUUUUGCUGGUAAAUCUAUGACAUUGAAAAUAUUGGCUGAAGGGUUAACGUUAAUGGAAGAAAGAAAUCAACCAGGUGGAUGUGAAUCUAUGUAUAAAGUACUUAAUCCAAAAGCCGUUACAAUGGGACAGCUUUAUGGAGCUUUUGAUCCAAUUUCGUAUGAAUGGACGGACGGCAUAGUAGCUACCACUUUCAGAGAUUUUGCGUCUGAAGAUACACCUGUUAGGAAGUGGAUAGUAUUUGACGGACCUGUUGAUGCAGUUUGGAUUGAAAAUAUGAACACUGUUUUAGAUGACAAUAAAAAAUUAUGUUUGACAUCUGGAGAGGUGAUGGCAAUGUCGAAUGUUAUGUCGAUGAUUUUUGAAGUAAUGGAUUUGUCUCAAGCUUCUCCGGCUACUGUGUCUAGGUGUGGUAUGAUCUAUAUGGAGUCUUCUUCACUGGGUUUCAUGCCUUUCUACAAAUCGUGGGUUAAUACACUCAACCCUUAUUGGCUUGAUGAAAAUGAGGAAUACAUUUUUGAAAUUUGCGAUUGGUUGUUUACUCCGUUAAUAUAUUAUGUUAGGAAAUACUGUACCCAAUUGGUGACAGGUGGAGAGGUUAAUUUAGUAAUCAGCACACUCCGUUUGAUAGAAAUGUUGAUGGAUAAUGCUAUAGAAGGAGAAGAGGAUACAAAGUAUACGCGCACCUGGUUUUUAGCUUCAUGUAUGUGUGCCUUCGUUUGGGGAGUUGGUGGUAUUUUGAAUACAGAGUCAAGAGAGAAAUUUGACGAGUUAGUCAAAGAAUAUUUUAGAGGGGAAAAGGGUAUUCCACCAGAUAUGGACAGACUUGACGUAUCGAUUCCAGCAGAGGGUAUGCUAAUCGAUCAUUAUUAUAUGUACAAAGGAAAAGGAUGCUGGAAGCCUUGGAUCGAGUAUGUCAAGGCGGUACAAACUAAAGAACAAAUAAAUCUACUACAAACUGUUAUACCUACUUUAGAGACAGAAAAAUAUAUAUUCCUCUUAAGAUUGCAUUCAAAAUACCUUAAACCUAUAUUGUUGAUCGGUCCCACUGGGACAGGAAAAAGUUUUUACGUUCAGAAUUUUUUGAUGAAUAAUUUAGACAUGGAAAAAUAUACUCCCGGAUUCAUAACAUUCACAACUACGACUUCUGCUAAUCAAACUCAAGAUUUGGUUAUUUCAAAAUUAGUCAAAAGAAGAAAAAAUAAUUACGGUCCCACAAAAGGUAAACAGGCUAUAAUUUUUAUUGAUGACAUGAAUAUGCCUGCUAAAGAAGUUUAUGGAGCUCAACCUGCCAUUGAACUAUUAAGAUUAUAUUUCGACCAAAAACAUUGGUAUGACCUCAAGACUACAGAAAAAUUGUAUAUUUAUGAUACAAUAUUUUAUGGAGCUAUCGGGCCGGUAGGAGGCAGUCGUCAGUUAAUUUAUCCUCGAAUGUUACGUCACUUUAACAUAUAUUCUAUCAAUGUGUUCUCUACAGAAAGUAUGACAAAAAUAUUUAUGUCUCUUUUACAACUUGGAUGGAGACGCAAUGGCUUUGGUCAAGAUGCUCAACCUGCAAUCGUGAAUAUUAUUGCAGCCACCAUGGAGAUAUUUGAUCUGGCAUCAGAAGGAUUACGACCUACACCAGCCAAAUCGCAUUAUAUUUUCAAUUUGCGAGAUAUUUCCAGAGUUAUUCAAGGCUGCGCCUUAUUGAGAAAAGAAUCUGCUGAAAGCAAAAAAACCUUUGUAAGAGUAUGGGUCCAUGAAAUACUGAGAGUGUUUUUUGACAGGUUGGUGGAUGAUAUAGAUCGAACGUGGUUCUUUGAUAUCCUUAAAAAAGUUACUCGUGAAUUCAUGAAAGAUACUUUUGAUUCAGCUUUAGACACAUACCAGAGUGAAAACGGUGAAGUUACUCAAGAAACUGUGCGUAAAAUGAUGUUUGGUACCUAUUUAGAUACUGAGAGUCUUGAAGGAGAACGGAAAUAUGAAGAAAUUCCGUCUAAGGAAGUAUUUUUAAAUGUAGCAUUAGCUAUGUUAGCAGAAUAUAACACAAUGCACAAGGCAAAAAUGACAAUCGUAUUAUUCGAUUACGCAUUAGAACAUUUGUCAAAAAUUUGUCGUCUGUUAUCCAUGCCAUCAGGAAAUGCUUUGUUAGUUGGCGUCGGUGGCUCUGGACGGCAGUCUCUAACUCGUUUGGCUAGCACUGUUUUAGGGCAACAGGUCUUUCAGCCAGAAAUCACCAAAGCAUACAGCGUUAAGGAUUGGCACGAUGAUAUCAAAUUGGUAUUAAGGGAGUCUGGUGGUUUGAACAAAGAUACAACUUUUCUUUUUACUGAAAGUCAAAUUAAAGAAGAAACUUUCAUCCAGAAUUUAGACAGUUUAUUAAAUUCAGGGGAAGUUCCUAAUUUAUACGGUUUAGAUGAAAAGCAGGAAAUUCUGGAACUGGUACGAUUAGCUGCGCAAGGAGGAAAUCGAAAUCUUGAUAUAGGUCCACUGCAAAUUCUAUCAUUCUUUAUUGGCCGAUGUAAAGCGAAACUGCACAUUGUACUGUGUUUCAGUCCUAUUGGAAGUUCUUUCAGAACCAGACUUAGACUUUAUCCUUCUUUAGUAAACUGCUGUACAAUUGAUUGGUAUGAUAGUUGGCCGGAAGAUGCUUUGGAAAUGGUAGCGCACUAUUACAUGGUGAAAGUUAACGUACCAGAUAAAGUUAAAGCUUCUGCGGUCAUAGCCUGUAAGCAAUUCCACGUAGAUGCUCGCAUAGUAUCAGCUACGUUCUUUAGUCAAUAUGGACGUAAGACAUACAUAACAUCUGCGUCAUAUCUUAAUUUGAUAAAAUCUUUCACUACAUUGACUAAUAAAAAACAAAGAGAGUUAAGGGCAGCAAAACUUAGGUACACUAACGGUUUAGAUAAACUUGGUCAAGCAGCAGAUGCAGUUGCUAUAAUGCAGCGUGACUUAAACGCUCUUAAACCUCAGCUGAUUGUAAUGGCUGCAAAAUCUGCUAAAAUGAUGGAAGAAAUAGAAAGAGAGACAGCUAUAGCAGACAAAGCAGCGGCACAAGUCAGAGAAGAUCAAAAAGUUGCAAAUGUGCAAGCAGCUGCCGCACAAGAGUUAAAACAGGAUUGUGAAGCAGACUUGGCACUCGCAUUGCCAAUUUUAGAUGAUGCUAUAGCAGCACUGAAUACUCUGAAACCUGCAGAUAUUACUAUUGUCAAAUCUAUGAAAAACCCUCCAGCUACUGUAAAACUAGUAAUGGCCGCUGUUUGCGUGAUGAAAGGUAUUCCUCCUGACAAAAUACCAGACCCCGAUAAUCCAGGAAAGAAAAUAUUUGAUUAUUGGGGUCCUAGCAAAAGAAUUUUAGGAGACAUGUCAUUUUUAGAAUCUUUAAGAAACUAUGAUAAAGACAACAUCCCGGUUGCUACAAUGCAAAAGAUAAGAAAAGAAUAUUUAUCGAAUAAAGAUUUCAAGCCGCAUAUUAUAGCCAAAGCCUCUGCGGCGGCUGAAGGGUUAUGUAAAUGGAUAAUAGCUAUGGACAUGUAUGAUGCGGUGGCAAAAGUUGUAGCCCCUAAAAAGGCAAAAUUAGAAGCAGCAGAAAGAGAAUUUUCCGAGACGAUGGCUAUCUUGGAAGAGAAAAAAGCUACGGUAGCUAGACUAGAAGCCAAACUUGCAGAAUUAAAUGCUGCAUUAGAAGAAGCAAAUAUCAAGAAAAAAGCAUUAGAAGAUGAAGUUCAAUUAUGUAUAGAUAAACUUUACAGAGCAGAAAAACUAAUUGGAGGUUUAGGUGGUGAAAAAGUACGUUGGACUGCUGCUGCUGAAAACUUGCAGCUCUUAUUCGAUAAUUUAGCGGGAGACAUUUUGGUUUCUUGUGGUAUUAUUGCAUAUUUGUCUCCUUACACGUUACCAGUUAGAAUAGAACUUAUUGAUAAAUGGUGUAAGCUCGUAAUAAACUUGGAUAUGCCGCAUUCUGACGUAUAUGUAUUUAAAGAUAUUUUAGGCUCAGAUAUUAAGAUACAAAAUUGGUGCAUUGCAGGACUACCCCGUGAUUCAUUUUCUACUGAUAAUGCUAUUAUCCAGGACAAUUCAAUGAGAUGGUCUUUAUUAGUUGAUCCACAGGGGCAGGCAAACAAAUGGAUAAAAACCAUGGAAAAGUCUAAUGAUUUACAAGUACUUAAAUUUACUGAUGGUAAUUAUAUGAAAGUAAUAGAAACAUGUUUAGAAUACGGGAAACCUGCGCUAAUAGAUUGUAUUUUGGAAGAUGUUGAAGCACCGUUGGAUCCUGUUCUACUCAAACACACAUACAUGCAAGCUGGCAAAGAAUAUAUAGCUUUAGGCGAGAAUGUUAUCGAAUAUCAUCCGAAUUUUAGGCUAUAUAUGACCACAAAACUCCGAAACCCUCAUUAUUUACCAGAAGUAUUCAACAAAGUUACGUUAAUUAAUUUUGCGUUGACUAAAGAUGGCUUGGAAGAUCAGUUAUUAGGGAUAGUUGUCGCUAAAGAAAGGCCAGAUUUGCAAGAAAAACGAGAAAAGUUGAUUGUCCAAGGAGCUGCUAAUCGAGCUGCGCUUAAACAAGUAGAGGAUGAUAUUCUACGCACUUUACAAGAAUCUAAAGGCGACAUUUUGGAGGACGAGACUGCCAUAGAAGUUUUAGACUCUUCUAAAUUAUUAGCUAUAGACAUAAUGAAGAAACAAGAAGCCAGUGUGGAAACUGAAAUAAUAAUUGAAAAAUUCAGACUUGGUUACCGACCUAUAGCUUCACAUUCGGCUGUGCUGUACUAUUGUGUCACUGAAUUGCCUAAUGUAGAUCCUAUGUACCAAUACUCUUUGACUUGGUUCAUAAAUCUGUAUAUAAUAUCAAUAGAAAAUGCUAACAAAUCCAAAGAUUUAGACAAACGACUUAAAUUUUUGAAAGAUACAUUUACAUAUAACUUAUAUAGCAAUGUGUGUCGUUCACUAUUUGAUAAAGAUAAACUUAUGUUUUCAUUUAUUAUGUGUUCUAAGAUGAUGUUGUCUACUGGUGAGAUGACGCAUGAAGAAUAUUUGUUUCUUAUAACUGGAGGUAUCGCGGUAGAAAAUCUCUUAAAAAAGCCCGUGGAGUGGUUACCGGAUAAAAACUGGGAUGAAAUAUGUCGCUUAUCAGAUCUACCUGCAUAUGCUGGAUUUAAAGACAGUUUUAUUAAAGAUAUUCAACUAUGGAAAGACGUUUACGAUGAUAUUGAUCCUCACACAAGAGCUAUUCCUGGGGCAUGGGAAGAAAACCUAAGCAGUUUUCAAAAGUUACUAGUAAUAAGAAUUUUGAGACCUGAUAAAUUGACUUUUGCCAUCUCAGAUUUUGUCGAAAAACAAUUAGGACGCAGAUACAUAACUCCGCCACCGUUCGACAUAAGCAAAUCUUUCGGGGAUUCAAACUGUCUUGCUCCUUUAAUAUUUAUCUUAUCGCCAGGGUCGGAUCCAAUGGGCGCCUUAAUUAAAUAUUGCGAACGAAUGGGUUAUUCGCAUAGAUUUAAUUCUAUUUCUCUAGGACAAGGUCAAGGCCCCAUUGCUAGAGCUAUGAUUGAAAGGGCGCAAUUAGAAGGUGGCUGGGUAUGUUUGCAAAAUUGUCACUUAGCCGUCUCGUGGCUUCCAGUACUAGAAAAAAUUGUUGAAGGCUUCGAUCUUACAAAUACUGAUCUAAGUUUUAGAAUGUGGCUAACGAGCUACCCAUCAGAUAAAUUCCCACAGUCCGUAUUGCAAGUUGCAGUAAAAAUGACAAAUGAACCUCCAACUGGCCUGCAACACAAUCUUAAUAGAUCUUACAUCUCUGAACCUGUGAAAGAGCCAGAAUUUUAUGAGGGAUGUCCCGACAAGGACAAACCGUUUAGUAAACUCUUAUACGGGAUAAGCUUCUUUCACGCAGUUGUACAAGAAAGAAAGAAGUUUGGUCCAUUAGGCUGGAAUAUACAGUAUGGAUUUAACGAUUCAGAUUUUCAAAUAUCUGUAAUGCAGUUGCAGAUGUUUUUGAAUCAGUACGAAGAGAUACAAUAUGUGGCGAUAAAAUAUUUGACUGGAGAGUGCAAUUAUGGAGGCAGGGUAACGGACGACUGGGAUAGAAGAUUAAUUGUUACAAUUUUGGACAAUUACGUGAAUGCCGGGGUUGUGAAUGACCCGAAUUAUUUGUUUUGUGAUAUCGGCCCUCAAUAUGGAUUGCCAAGGAGGUGUGAAUAUCAAGACUAUCUCAAACAUAUAGAGUCGGUCCCCGUGAAUCCUCCGCCUGAGGUAUAUGGAUUACAUAUGAAUGCUGGAAUUACUCGAGAUUAUACUAUGUCAAUGAAUCUAGCUGCAUCAUUAGUUCUUGUUGAAGGUACAGGAAGUGGAGGUGAGGGUGGCAAUACUGAAGUUAUUCUCGUACAAAUGGCUGCCGAAAUCCUAUCUAAAUUACCCAAAAGAUUUGAUAUAGAAGAGGCACAAAAGAAGUAUCCGGUGGAUUACAAUGAAUCUAUGAACACAGUCUUAGUGCAAGAAAUGGAAAGAUUUAAUAAAUUGUUGAAUGAAAUCAGAGCUUCUUUGUUAGAUCUACAAAAGGCAGUGAAGGGUUUAAUCGUCAUGUCGCCAGCUUUGGAUUUGCAAUCAACGAACAUGCUUCUUGGUAGAAUACCAGACAAUUGGAAGAAAGUUUCAUAUCCUAGUUUAAAACCUCUACCAAGUUACGUGGCAGAUUUCGUCGAACGUUUGGCAAUGUUAGAAGAUUGGUAUUCAAAUGGGAAACCGACGACCUUUUGGCUGUCUGGUUUCUUCUUUACUCAAGCUUUCCUCACGGGAUCUGUCCAAAAUUUUGCCAGAGCUAAAAAAAUCCCUAUAGAUCUUCUUAUUUUUGACUUCGACGUGCGAAAGGUGGAUUACGAAAUGGAAUCCCCGGAAUGGGGCGUCUAUGUUCAGGGUUUGUUUAUGGAUGGUGGCCGUUGGGACCGUAAAACUCACGCAAUUGGAGAACAGUUGCCCAAGAUUUUGAACGACAAUAUGCCAGCAGUGUGGUUGUAUCCAAAAAUAAAGGCUGAAUUUCAGGAAGGGUCGCGAUAUAGAUGUCCUCUUUAUAAGACUUUAGAGAGGAAAGGAGUAUUAGCUACUACGGGACACUCAUCUAAUUUUGUGUUAGCUUUCUAUCUGCCUUCAGAUAAACCUUCUGCUCACUGGAUCAAAAGAAGUGUGGCGUUGUUGUUGCAGCUCGACAACUGAAAAUCUCUGAUCAGAUACUUUUACAGGCUUUUGAAAGUAACUCUAUUUAAGUAGGGUUUGGUAGGGAUAAUUGGUUAACUCAUAAUGGUUUGUGGCUUACCUAUCACAACCUGGUAGUAACCUAGUAAAGCGUUGCAUCAAAGAGAGAUAUGUAGUACCCACAAUUAUGAUGUCUUGACUUUUUUGAAGUAAUUAUUAGUGGGUGUGUGUAACGCUUGUUCGAAGGAACACUGAGAUUGUGAGGUCUUAAAUCAUUUUUAUUAAUUAAUAUAAUCUCUUUAUCUUAGAUAACGUGCGUUAAUUAUUAUGUAAUUAUUGUACUUACUUAGUAUUUUUAUUAUAAUAAAUGACCAAAAACUCAAAAGCAUUUUAUGCAAUAAGUAUUGAUCUAUGUGGAUAAUGCGACUUUGCCAUUUACAUCUCGCUAUAGAGGCUAUUCGCAGUGAGACGCAACCAAGAUGUGCGCCAUUGUGAUGCAACGACAACCACACAGCAAUGUGAUUGGUUCGCUGCGUCUCACUUCUAGAAGUUUCGACGGUCGAUAUCCAAUAACAAAGUCACUCUACGACCUCUGACAAUACUUUCGAGCACUUUUGCACCUGCUCUAAGUUGCUUUAGUUCUGUUAAGAUUGGGCUAACCCGCGCUACCAUCAUUAUUAUCAAUUUAUUUCAAUAAUUAAUAGCAAAAUCUAAAAAAAAUCCACUUGCUAGAUAUUAUUAUGUACUCUAGCUAGAUAACUGAUUUUAUUAAAAAGUCUUAUAGUUUUCUGUUGGACACAGUUGCCACUAUUUGCUAAAAAAGACCACCAAAAUUCUUGUCUCGACUACAUUUUGUAUAUAAUGAAAAUAAAAUCGUUUAUCUAGGUAGUAUAGCAUGUCUUCUGUUGUAUUUUUUUAGUUAUCGUUAUUAAAAGAAAUUGAUACAAUUUAAAUUUGUAGUGCUAGUGUGCGGGUAUUUGCUUUGUAUCCUGUAAUUAAUAAAUCAUGUGUCAAUAAAAUCGUUUUUAGAUUUU